AUGUCUAGGAUGGAUAAAACGACGGAACAUCCCAGGGAAACUCUGCAUGUAAAUAAGAGACCUGAGAGGAAAGGGCCUAAGACACCGAGUGACAAUGCCAGACAACCAAGGAAGUGCUAUAAUUGCAAUAAAAUCGGGCACAUGGCCAGGGAUUGCUGUACGAGGGUAAACAGAAGCAAAAGAGGACCCGAAACGAGACACAUAAAAAAUGAUGAUGCAUUCCUGUGGAUUAUUCAAACUCAAACUCAAAAAUUUAUCUCUAAAAUGUCAAGACAAAGGAAAUUCUUGGAAGAAAUAAAUAAUAUAAGCGAGCUGUUAUCUGAAAUCGAUAAAGGAGAGAAUUCUGAGAAUGAAGAUGGUAUAUUUGAGAAUGAUAAUGAUCUAUUGGACACUGACUCUGAGCUAUUCGACACGGAUAAUGAGGAUGAGAACAUUGUGAAUACGCGUAGGGGACAAAAAAGAAUGAGAUUGUUAUCUAGUUCCGAAGACGAAUGUGAAGAGAACGAUCAGAAUAGUGAAACUUCAAUUGAUGGAACUGUUUGGCAAAAAAUUCAAGAAGGUUCUGAACCUGGAAGAUCCUCGCUUCAUACUGUUUUCAGAGAAAUAUCAGGGCCAACGGGUUAUGCGAAACGCAAUGUUAUGAAAGGCAAAGUAAGGAGUGCAUUUUCGUUGAUACUUGACUAUCGCACUAUGAAUCAUAUAAAAACGUGCACGGAAUCAGAAGCACGUCGAGUUUUAGGAUCCGAAUGGAGUCUAACUUCAGCGGAUUUAGAUGCUUUUAUUGCAAUUUUAUAUGCACGUGGAGCAUAUGAAACAAGAAAUUUGAACGUUUCAUAUUUAUGGAAUAAAAAAUGGGGUCCUGCAUUUUUUUCACGUACAAUGAGCAGAAAUCGUUUCACAGAAAUUAUGCGAUUUAUUCGUUUUGAUAGAAGAAGCGAGCGGAGCCAGCGUUUGCAGACUGACAAAUUUGCUCUCAUCUCGAAGGUAUAG